AUGAGAAGCUUGCAAAAGUGGAACCCAUCUCUCCUGAAAAAGGAAGUGUCUGAGGAUUCAAGCACCAAAUGUUCUAAUACUAUGGAUGAGCCAAGCUCGAAUUCUUUGAAUGUUUGCCUAGAGCAAUCAGUACGAAGCUGUGAUUCCUCAGCAGUAGAAAUGGGGACAACCAUUUCUCUUUUGUAUAAAAAACUUCUCGAUGCUGAGGACUUUGCUGAUCGUGCGGUCCAAAAAGCUAUUAUAUGUUACUGUCAAUUUGGAAAAGCUCUUAUCCAGAGACGAAGUGAAAUAGCAUCUGAAAAACAAGUUGAUCUGGAAUCCAAUACUGUCAGUAGAAUUUUAAAUAUGGAAGUUAGAGCUCAGCUCCCUGCAGAUACUUUUGAUGCACUUUUAUGA